GAGUACGUUCUCCGUGACACCAUUAUUGUCGAUGAAGGAGAAUCUGGGAUUGAGGAGGAGUUUAUGUGGAUCGGACGGUGGAGAAGUGAGGUGAAGAUGCACGUGAGAAAGAGAGAUGAAGAGCCGAGAGAGAGGGGUUGAAAGGCUGGGUGGAGAAGUGGGAGUUUAGUUAGUUUGAGAGUCCCGAGGUCUGCGUCUGUGAACAGUAAGAGGUGGUGGUCAGAGAAAAGAGAGACACUGUGCGCACCAGCCUCCACUCUCUAAGGAGAUCGCACACUCACACACACAGCUUCUAGUCUUCAACAUCACUCUCUCUUUCUCUCUCUGCCUCUUCCAUUUCCAGCUUCAAAUGCGCCCUCUCUUUUUCGGAUUCUUUUUCGAAUCUACAGCUUAGAAAGCCCCCCGCCCUUCUCUCGCCUUGUGUCCAUGUCUGUGUGUUCGGCUUGCAACAAGUUGAACUGCUGGCUCGGAGUUACUACCGAGAUUAUUUAAGAUUGUAAAUGUCUUUUGAUUCCGAAUACGAAUUCGGAUCGGGCUUUGUUGUGCUUGUAUAAUGGAUCCGCCGGCGCUGAUGAACGAGGGGUCUUUUUCCAACGCCAAUGCUGCGUCGUACAACCUUUUGGACGUCUGGCAGUUCCCGGUGAAUGGCGGUGGGGGCGUUGGGGAAUUCGUAGGUGGAUUGGGGCUGAGGAGGGCCCGGUUCGGGGAUCUUAAUGGUUCCAAUCGGGAUGAUCCCGGCAACGAUCCAAUGAAUUUGGACCAGGGACCAAAUCAUGAUGUUGGUGGCGGUGCGAGAAAGCGGCGUGACCAAGGGGACGAUUCCGCUAAAGGUGUCUCCACCAGCAACGGCAAUGGCGCGUACGAUUGCGACGGAAAGCGGCUCAGAACAUCAGGAAGUCGGAAUGAAAAUCUUGAUUCAAAAACUGAAGCAGAACCCAGUUCAGGCAAGCGUGUGGAGCAGAGUACUCAACCGCCGCCCGAGACGCCCAAGCAAGACUACAUCCACGUUCGAGCAAGAAGGGGCCAAGCCACUGAUAGCCACAGUCUAGCAGAAAGAGCUAGAAGAGAAAAAAUAAGUGAAAGGAUGAAAAUUCUCCAGGAUUUGGUCCCUGGUUGUAGCAAGGUUAUUGGCAAAGCACUGGUCCUUGAUGAGAUAAUAAAUUACAUCCAAUCACUUCAACGUCAGGUUGAGUUCUUGUCAAUGAAGCUUGAAGCAGUUAAUUCAAGAAUGAACCCGGGUAUUGAAGCGUUUCCGUCUAAAGACACAUUUGAUACAGCUGGCAUGACAUUUGGCUCACAAGCCACAAGGGAAUAUGGCCGUGGUUCCUCACCAGAUUGGUUGCACAUGCAGGUUGGUGGUGGUUUUGAAAGAACAUAAUCUAUGGAGUCAGACAACAUACCCCAGUCCUCACGUCCCCCCAAAAAGUCUGUUAAUCAGUAAUAUUGGUAAUAAAAGCAUAGAGGCAAUGACAAUGCUUGCUUCUCCAUUGGUUGUCAAAGGAUAUACCCAAUAUAACCUCGAUAUGUGAAACGAACAUUAAACAAGGGACACAUCAAGCAUGGAGCUAUGGUUGCUGUCUAUAAGACUGCUCUUACUACAUGAACAACUCCCAUCUGUUUGUGAGUUGAAAUAUGAGUUAUUGUGCUUCAUAUAUCUUAUAGCAAGCUUGGUCGUUGUCUCUGUACUAAUAUACCCAAACAUAACUUCCUAGAAUGAGUAUUAUUCUUGUGAAAGAAUGUCUUUCAGAAUGUCUAAAGCACCUUGCUUGAACCUUGGUUUAAACUCAUGUUUGUUAAGAAGAUGAAGCAUGUAAUAAAUUAAGCUAGUCUACUGCUAUUCAUUUUGGA